UACACAUAAUACAUAUCGCUAAGUCAUUAAGGUACACAUAAUUUGUGAAUUUAUGAUUUCCAAACUCAAACUAACAUUCUAAUGAAUUCUAAUAUUCUAAUUCUAUCAUUCUAACAAGAAUUUAAGUUAUAUUGUGCAAUAGCGGCAAAUUUGUUAAAUUGAGAUGAUGUUAAAAACUUUACCAAAUUUUUUUUUUAAAAUAAAUACAAUUGGAAUGAACAAACGUGGCUUAUGGCAAUGGAUUGAUGACAUGUUCAACCGUUUGGAUGAUGAUCGUAUCAAGAAAAUUGGCCCUAACUUGGCAUGUGCUGAAUGGCUUAUGAAAAAUGGUGCACAAGUUAGAUGGAAAGGUUGUAAAGAAUUUGUCAGCCACUACAAUUGCUUACCUAAUAUAACAUCAUGUAACCUUGGACAGUUUCUAAUAGAACAAGUAUAUGCUGGGAAAGAAGCUUCAAUUUCACAUAUAGGAUUUGGUUAUUUUAAAAACUGUAAGAAUAUUUCUCAAGUGGAAUUUGUUGGAUGUAACACAAUUGAUAAUGAAGCAUUAUCUAAACUUAAUAUCUUGAAAGAUAACUUGACAAAUUUGAAAAUUAAUGGCUGUUUAAAUGUUUCUGAUCAAGGAAUUAUGUCAUUGGAGCAUCUGCAGGCAUUAAAAUAUUUGGAGUUGAAAAAUUUACAAUUUUUAAGUGAACCAGAAGCAACAGUUGAUCAUUUGAAAAGAAAACUGCCAGAAUGUGAUAUACAAUAUUAUGAUGAAUGAAGAUGAUAAAAGAUUAAAAAAAUUUAAUUUAUCUAAAUUAUAGAACUAACUAAAACAAAGAAACUAUCAUAUACCUACCUAUACCCAUCUAUUUUCAAUGUAUUGUCAAACAAGACUGAAACUUUAGUGUAAAAAAAUACUUAGAUUACUAGUAAU